CUUACAUGUGGUUGCAAAACACUGUUCUGUGUGUUCUUUCCUCAGCGUUGGGCAGCGUGUUCAAGAUCCUCAUGUCCGUUUACCAAAAAGGCGAAGAACAGAUUACUCUGUCUCUGAGCACAACGAGACAGUUAAAGUUUCUGCUGUGGCUACAUUGCCAGCCAAGGCAAGAAGUGAAGGCCAGAAGGCUUCAGACAGCUAUGCCGCUCCAAUCGCGGAGUCUGUGGAAAAGGUUAAUAAAAUGCCUUGUGGAACCAGUACCUGCCUGAAUAGAGAAACACUAUUCCUUUCACAAGAGACAGUUCCAUAUCUGAGUGUUCAGUCCUGCUACCUAGAACCAGUGAUGACUGUGACUCACCUGGAAGAUCAAAAAUACUCAGAUUUCUAUCCGUGUAUGACACUAAGGACCAGUAUCACAUACGCGAACGGUAACAGCCCGCAGUGGCCUCAGAGUGGUGAUAAGAUCAGGUACUACACACCAGUAGGAAAUCUUUAUGAACAGGGAAAGCCAGUGAAGCAAGCCACUGCAGGGCUGCCUGUCAUUGUUGUGGAAGAAGAAGAGAAAUUCCCAAGCUCGGAAAAUCUAGAAGAGCACUUUCCUCAGUUCACACAGGCCAUGGAGAGAGAGGUCGUUGCUGCACUUGGCAAAGGUGAUCCAGAUGAGGUCUUGAGCAGUGCCUUCAAACUAAAGGUCACUCGUGCGGACAUCCACACACUCAGGAGCCGUCGCUGGCUAAAUGAUGAGGUCAUUAAUUUCUACAUGAGUCUUCUGGUGGAAAGAAACAAAAAGAACGGAUAUCCAGCAGUCCAUGCUUUCAGUACUUUCUUUUAUCCCAAACUAAUUUCGGGGGGAUACAACAAUGUAAGAAGAUGGACCAGAGGUGUGGAUCUCUUCAAGAUGGACCUCAUCUUAGUGCCCGUUCACUUGGAAACACACUGGACACUAGUGGUCAUAGAUGUCAAAGAGAAGACCGUCAGAUACUUUGACUCAGCAGGACAAGACGGGGACAGCAUUUGUCAAACUUUGCUCCAAUACCUAAAACAAGAAAGCCAGGAAAAAAGAAAUCUGGAGCUGAUUUCUUCGGAGUGGACUAUUCACAGCAUGCAGCCACAUGAAAUCCCUCAGCAAAUGAAUGGAAGUGACUGCGGGGUUUUUGUGUGUAAAUAUGCGGAUUUUAUCUCCCAAGAGAAACCGAUGACCUUCACACAGAGUCACAUGCCUUACUUCCGCAAAAUGAUGGUGUGGGAGAUAAUCCAUCAGCAGCUGCUGUGA